UGAAAUCCCAUCUCAAUACCUGCUCUAACAUUGCAUCAAUGAGGUAGGUAAUGUCAUGGUGAUUGUCUUUCAAGCAUGUAGACACUAGGAAAGCAACUGUUUUGACAGUGGGUAUUCUAAAAUGAAAAGGAAAGAAUAUGAAUAUAAGUUUGUAGAGGGUUGAUUUCUUUCCUAACAAAAUGUAAAUCUUAGUACUAGGUAAACAAAAUCUCUUCCUCCUUUUUAACAAGGUUUUGCUACUUAGCCUGGCCUUGAACUCAUGGCAGUCCUCCUACCUCAGCCUCCUCAGUGCUGGGAUUCCAGCGCUGAUUUGUUUUUGUGGAAUCUUUACCAAAGGUGAUAGAACUGUUAUGGCAAGGGCAGGAAGUGGGAAAGCCCCUUUUCACUGGCAGCUAAGUGUUAUGGUUGUGAUGUUCUGAAGUAUCCCAGCAGCUGCACAACCAAAUCUAUUCACUGGUUUACAGAACUUCAGGAGCAGUUCAGGCUAGACUGACAUAGAUGGGACAAUUUGUUAACUACUGUCAAGUGUAAAUUUGCUGAAUAUGGAUGCUGUUCUGUUGGCUUACAUGAGAUAAAGCCCAGAGAACACAAAUAGUUAAUUUUCUCACCUUGCUUCAAAUUUAGAUUAAAACAAAAGUGAACAUUUCAAAACUGCUUUUUACUUGGGUGUAGUGGUGGUGGUACAUGCCUGUAGUCCCAGCACUUGGGAGGCAGAGGUAGGAGGGUUGCCAUGAGUUUGAGGCCACCCUGAAACUACAUAGUGAAUUACAGGUUCAGCCUGGGCUAGAGUGAGACCUUACCUUGAAAAACAAAACAAAACAAAAAAAGAAACUUCUUAGUUUACCUUAUUUCUGUUAUGGAAAAAGAAUUUUGGCAAACAGUGCCUUUAAUUUGUUUAAGGUAAGCAUUGACAGGAAAAAAUAAGGCAACUAAAUUUUAAAGUAUGGAAAAAAUAACCCUUUUAGCUGAGAAGAGUCUACUAGGUGAGGUAACGGCUGCAACAUUCUUAACAGAAUACAUGAUUUAUCCACUAAAUUGCUAAAAGGAUUAUAAGAAACCUAGAUGGUAUUUCUCUAUAAAUCUAACCUCUGCUGGGAGGGAUCAGUAAAUACAUCUGAAGAAGGAAAGUGCUCAACUGCUCCUAGUUAUUUUUUUGUUAUUUGUGUUUUACAUAUAUUUAAACUAGGGGUUUCUUGUAGAAUUUUUGUUUUUUUCAGUGCUGGGUAUAAAAGUUAGGGUCUUAGACAUGCUAGGCAAGUACUCUACUCUACUCCUGAACUAUACUCAGUCCCCAACUUUUUUUAAAAUUUGUUACAGGAAAGAUUUGAAAUAAAUCAUCAGCUGUGUUAGCACUUUUCCUUAUUCUACUCAGUUUCACCUCCUUCGGCUUUUCUAUUUUGUAUGCUGCAAGUUCCCAAGCAACUCUAAUUUGCAAACACUGCUAUGGAUACACUAUUUGUCAUAACAGUAGUUACCUGGACAUUUAGGUCUUGUUUUUUUUUUUUUAAUUCUUCACUUCCCUCUGUUUCUUACUCAUUUAUAAAAAACAUUUCUGGUAGUAGGCUCACAUUCUUCAUGAGUAUGAGACUGAUGGUUUGUAACUUUUAGUUUGAAGUUAGGGAAGCAUGAGUAGUCAAGAAUUGGUCACUUUGAAUGUGGGAGGGAAGAUAUUCACAACAAGGCUUUCUACCAUAAAGCAAUUUCCUGCUUCUCGGUUGGCACGCAUGUUAGAUGGCAGAGACCAAGAAUUCAAAAUGGUCGGUGACCAGAUUUUUGUGGAUAGAGAUGGUGUUUUAUUUAGUUUCAUCAUGGACUUUUUGAGAAAUCACCAGCUUUUAUUACCCUCUGACUUUUCAGACUAUCUUAGGCUUCAGAGAGAGGCUCUUUUCUAUGAACUUGACUCUCUGAUUGAUCUCUUAAACCAACACCAGCUACAAUCAAGACCUGCUGUCCUGGAGGUGCAUUUCCUAAAUCGGAACACUCAAGCUUUCUUCAGAGUAUUUGGCUCUUGCAGCAAAACAAUUGAGAUGCUAACUGGAAGGAUUACAGUGUUCAUAGAACAUCGAACAACACCUUCCUGGAGUGGUAAUUCUUUCUCUCCUCAGACAACUUUACUUCCACUGCCUCCAGAAAGACCUUCUUACCAUGACCUGGUUUUCUAUUGUGGCACUGACGGCACUACUGAUAACCAGACUGGAGUCAGGUACAUUUCCAUAAAACCUGAUAACCGAAAGUUGGCCAAUGGAACAAAUGUCCUUGGUUUACUAAUUGACACUUUAUUAAAGGAAGGCUUUCAUCUAGUUAGCACUAGAACAGUAUCCUCUGAAGACAAAAGUGAAUGCUAUAGCUUUGAAAGAAUAAAAAGCCCUCAACACUUUGAGGUGAAUAAAACACCGAAACCAGAGACUACCACCAUGCCAGAGCAAUCUCAGAAAAAGAAAUGAAGUCAUCUGCUCUCUGUUACAGUAAAGGAAAAUUACCAUUUCUUGUUUGAAGAUUUUAUAUACGGGGGCAUGUAUUUUAGUCAGAUUUGUAUUCAACAUAUGUGGUUUGUGACUAACCCAUACCCAAGCAAUUUAUAUACCAUCAUAAAGAAACAACUUUUGGCCAGGCAUGGUGCUGCAUGCCUUUACUCCCAACACUCGGGAGGCAGAGGUAGUACUGCUGUGGGUUUG